AUGGAUUCUAGCGAUGAAAGCGGCUCUGAAUUCGAUGGUUUUACGGCACAUGAUUUAGAACUAGCUCAGGAUAGACUUGAUAGUUUAUUAGAGAAUGCUUCCGACAUCGAUUUGAGUGAUUUUGAAGACGAUGUAGACGACAGUGAUGACGAUAUACCGCUAGCAGCUUUGUUUAGAAUUCGUCAAAACAAUGCCGAUAAUGGCGGCGCUGAUGAAGCUGAGGGUCCGGGCGAAAUUAUGUGGAUAGAUCAGUUGACUGCUAAACAUGUUGACGAUUUUGUAGGGAACCCUGGACCUGUUACAAUUCUUGAUAAAAACAAGAACGAAAUGGACUUUUUCCAUCUGAUAUUUGACGAGACAUUGUACCAAAAAUUUGCCGACGAAACAAACAAAUACGCGAGGGCAGUACAAGAAAAAAAUGGCCACGACAAGAAAUGGUACGAUACCAACUCAGCGGAAAUGCGAUCAUACAUCGCUUUUCAUAUCAUAAUGGGAAUUGUUGUAGCUCCAAAUCAGGAUAUGUACUUCACGAAAGAUAAUUUGUACAGACCAACAGGAAUAAAUGAGCGAAUUACAAGAGACAGGAUGGACAAACUCCACCAGUAUUUUCAUGUCUGUGAUUCUUCACAAAACCCACCCAAAGGACAGCCUGGUCAUGACAAACUUGCACGUGUAAGACCGAUUUUAGAGAGUGUAAGAGAGAAACUUAAAUCUCAGUAUCGUCCCCACAAAGAAACAUCUAUAGAUGAGGCUAUGAUCGCAUACACCGGACGUCUCGGCUUCAAACAAUAUAUCCCUAUGAAGCCAACAAAACGAGGAAUCAAAGUAUGGAUGCGGGCAGAUCCAAAUAAUGGAUUCGUCAAUGAUUUCCAAGUUUACACCGGACGAGAAAACAAUGUUGCUGAAAAGGGGUUAGGAGAGCGAGUAGUGAAGGAUUUGACAAGGGAUAUUUGGGGUCAGAACCACCAUGUAUAUUGUGACAAUUAUUUCACAACUGUGCCACUUUUCGAAGAGCUCCUUCAAAACAAAACCUACGCGUGUGGAACAGUUCGGGCCAAUCGUAAAGGACUUCCUCCUGCUGUUGUGAAAGCAAAACUGAGAAAACAAGGGGAUAUGAUUCAGAGACAAAAGGGAAAUCUUGUUGCAACAGCAUGGCAUGAUAAAAGAACUGUCCUACUCCUGACAACAAAUGUUGAUCCGACAGAGCGGACAACUGUCCAACGAAAACAGAAGGAUGGGACAAUUGUUGAAGUUCCAUGUCCAAAUGCCAUCAGGACGUACACUCAGAAUAUGAAUGGUGUAGACCGAGCAGAUCAACCGAGAUCCACCUAUUGUAUCAACAGAAAAUGUACCAAGUGGUGGAAAUAUCUUCUGUGGUUCAUAGUUGAUAUCGCGAUUUGCUCAAGUUUCAUCUUGAUGAAGGAAUCUCCAAAUCAUCACCUCCGGACACGCACGGGUAGACAAAAGUCCCGAAGCCAACUAGAAUUCAGACAGAAGCUGUCUCAUCAACUUCUUGGGACAUACCAGGGGAAAAGGAAGAGGGAAGUGGUACCAGAGAGACAAAACCUGGGUGUCUUACACUGGCCGGCUGAUUUAGGAAAAAAACGAACAUGCAAACAAUGCUCCAAAAAUGGCUUGAGAAAAGAACCCAAGACAGGGUGUGAACAGUGUGGUGUCAAUUUGUGUGUUCCCUGUUUCAAGCCAUACCAUAAAGACUCAUUUCCUGAACUUUUUUAA